AUGGCGACCAAUAAUGAUCUUGAUGAUUUCUUUAAAAAAAAAGAUCGAAAGGGUAAUAAAAGUAAAAAACAAUCCGGUUUAUUAACAAAUAAUCAAGAAUUACUUAAACAAUUAGAAAUUGUUACAUCUGCAACAACAGCAUUUAAAGAAAAUAUGGAUUUUGAUGAUGAUGAUGAAUUACACGUGAAUGAUGAAUCACUCGUUGGAACAGGUCUUACUGAUGAAAUUCGUAAACAUCCAAUAAAACAUAAUAAAAUAAAAAAUCCUGAUAAUAAUAAUAAAAAUAUAAAUGAACAAAAUACAAUUAUAUCUAAUGAAGGACAACAACAACAACCACAACAACAACAACAACAACAAGAUGAAUGGGAAGAUUUUGAAUCUUCAAAUUAUCAAUAUGAACAAUUACGUUUAAAAUUUGCACGUUUAAAUAAUAAUGAUGAAUAUGAUGAUGAAUAUUAUGAUGAUGAAAAUAAUCCAAAUAAUAAUGAUGAUAAUAAUGAUAUAAGUGGUGAUCGUCAACAACAAAAAGAUAAACCUGUUUGGAAAAUUGAUCAAAAUAAACAAGAAAAAGAAACAAAUGUUCCUAUUAUUGAAGAGAAAAUUACCGAACAACCACCACCAUCUCAACCAAAACCAUCAACAACAUCAAGUGGUGUUUAUCGACCACCAGCAUUACGUACUGGUUCAUCAGUUACAAUUGUUAGUGGUAUUAGUCAACGAACAUCAAAAAAGAAAGAACCUAAUUUAGCUUCAACUGAUGAAUUUCCAACACUUGGAUCAGCUGCUAAUAAAAAAUAA